AUUCGGUGUACAGCGCUCGAGUUUGCGGCAGUACUGAAUGUCCUUGCGAAGCUUCCAAACAUAUGGCCCUGUAUGAAAGACAUCCGCCCAUUUGAGAAGAUCCCCUACAAAGAAUAAAAGAAGAAGAACCCAAGAUGUCUUCCAACUUUCUGAAGAUCGGUGUUCUGCUCCAGAAGUACCGCGCCCCGGUUAUGAUGGUGAGCUGUGGCGGGUUGUUUGCUGCUAACAUGUUCUACCACACCUUCCCAGACCUCUCCUUCAGACAACUCUAUCAAGCCUGGUACAAAGGAGAGCCAGUCUCCUUGUCCGACAAACUACAAGGGCUCUUCCGGCAGGUUUUGGAGGACUACGGCGUCCGAUCUCCUGCCCGAUACUCGUGCUUUGCGUCCUUCGGCUUCCACCCUGUGGCAGCGGGCGCAGCCUGGCUUCCCGCAGGCGCACACGUGGGCCUGCCGGCCAACUUCAACAGCACGGCGCAGGACGCCGGCGGCAUCACGAACCGCAGCGUGUUCAUCAACGGCCAGGCGGUGGCGUGGGACAGCGAGGCGGGCUGCGUUCUCCGCGAUUCACUCGUCUUGUCGCCCGCCGCUCAGAAGUUUGCGGUGGCGCGGGAGGUGGCCCGGCUUGACAUCGGGGGUCCGGUGGUGAGCGCGGUGGUGGCCCCCGUGUGUCUGGGCGGGGUGUGGGUCUACAGCGUAGUCCUGAAGCAGAUGCUGGGACUCCAUGGGAGGCCGGCGUUGUUCCGUGGUGUUGCCAACCUGGCGGCGCUGGGGCUUGGGGCUGUGACGUACCUGCUGACCGCCGACACGGUCAGCCAGUGGGUGGACUACGGCUCGGACCAGCGGGCUGCCGCCGUGUCGCCCGACUACGCCCGCGGAGGGGUGGAGUUCUACAACAAGCUGUUGAGCCGAAACCGGACUCUACGCGUACUGAUGGGGCAGAAGGGGGAGGAGAUGUACGCAAUGAAUGGGAAUCUGUUUCCCGCCCACCUCCUCAAGCUCAAACAUGCCCCCUACACCUCCCGGAGGGACGGACUCCUCAGCAUGCUGAAAAACUCUACCUAGAGAGAGGGGGAGAGGGGGGGAGGAGAGGGGAGAGAGAGAGAGA